AUUAAAGCCAACACACAAACAACUCAAAAACAUUCUAUUUCUUUCUUUCUUUCUUGCACUGAGGUCGACACACCUCUAGACAAAUUAAUCUUCUUUCAACCUUUUUAGUGUUUUUUUUUUCCUUCUCGGAUUUUAUGGAGACUACUCAAUGGUCGACGCAGGAAAUUGUAGUGAAAUCGUCGAUGGGUGAAGAUUUAAUGAAUAAGAAGGUGAGGCCAGUGAAGGAUGGGGCAAUGAAUUGUCCUAGAUGCAAUUCAACAAAUACAAAAUUUUGUUACUACAACAACUAUAGUCUGACUCAACCAAGAUAUUUCUGCAAGACUUGUAGAAGGUAUUGGACUGAAGGUGGAACUCUAAGGAAUGUUCCUGUUGGUGGUGGUUCAAGAAAAAACAAAAGAUUAUCCUCUUCUUCCCAAAAGCUCCCUGAUCUGAACCCUAAUCCCAGUAGUCAUGCUCCCGGCCAUCAUCAAAACCCUAAUAAUAUUGUAAUUGGAAGUAGCCAAGAUCUUAGCCUCGGGUUCCGAACUGUGCCACACGAUCAUCACACGUCGUUCCACGGUGUCAUCCCUCAGUUUCUUGAAUUGCCAAAGAUGGAUGGAAGCAACAAUCAUCUAGGUAGCACACAAAUUCCAGCUCUGGAGCUGCUUAGGACUGGAAUAGCCUCAAGAGGGUUUACUUCAUUCAUCUCCUCACCAUCCACACCAGAUUUGAAUGCUUUAUACACUUCAGGUUUUCCAUUUCAAGAAUUAAAGCCUAGUACUGCUGGAAGUACUGAUCAUGAACAUCAUGCAGCUUCUUUAAGUAAUUUUUCAAGUGGUGGGCCAGGGAGUCUAGAAAAUGGAGGUGCAAGAAUAAUGUUCCCUCUAGGAGGAUUAAAGCAACUUUCAAGUACAAAUCAAGCUGAUCAUCAUCAUCAGACUAGGGUACACGAGAAUAAUUCAACUGCUGGAUUAUAUUGGAAUGGGAUGUUAAGUGGUACUGGAGGAUCCUGGUAAAUUAAAUUAAAGGGACAAUAGCAAAUCUCAUUUUUUUCCUACGUACUUUGUUUAAUCUAGACUUCACCUAAGGAAUUACACUGGGUAUGUUGUUAUACGUGCUUUGGUUACUAGUAAUUUGUUAGAACUAAGUACGUACUAGCAUGGAAGAUAAUUGAUCUGGUUACAUUGUUGUUAAUUUGGUCUAGGAUUAUUACUUUGAGAUUAGGGAAGCUAGCUUGAUUAAAGUCAGCUUCUAGGGUUUCUGUACCAGCAUGUCUGUACUAUAUAUGAUCAUUAUAACUACCUUAAUUACCGCCUAA